AUGGAGGUAGACCCUCCUCCCUUGACUGCGCCGGUUGAGGUCACUGGUGACUCAGGUCCUGCUGAGGGUGGUCCUGCUCGGGGUGCUGCUUCUGGGGGUGCUGAGCCUGGGGGUGCGGAGCCUGGGGGUGCUGGUCCUGGGGGUGCGGAGCCAGGAGGUGCUGAGCCUGGGCGUGAGGAGUCUGGGGGUGCUGAGCCUGGGGGUGCUGAGCCUGGGGGUGCUGAGUCUGGGGGUGCUGCACCUGGGGGCGCUGCGGCGUCUGGUGAGCUGUCUCCUUGGAGCGGCCGUCUCCGUAGUCGCUCUGCUGGUGCCUCGCCGCUGCAUUCUUGUCGUCGUCUCCCUCUCUCCCCACAGCAGCUGCGUGAGUGGUACGUUGGCCGUCAGGGUCGAGCUGCUGGAGCUGGGGGCCCUGCUGCGGGAGGCGCUGGUGUUGGAGGCACUGGAGCCAGCACUGUCCCUCUCUCCCCACAGCAGCUGCGUGAGUGGUACGUUAGCCGUCAGGGUCGCGCUGCUGGAGCUAGGGGCCGUUCUGUGGGAGGCGCUGGAGCUGGUGACUCUGCUACUGGAGUUGCUUCUACUGGAGUUCCUGGGGCAGCUGGUCCCGGAGGUGCUCGUACUGGAGGUACUGGAGCUGCUGGGGCUGGAGGUCCUGCUGGACCUGGAGGUGCUGCUGUUGACUCUGAGGUUGGAGGCCCUGGAGCUGGGGGUGCCGGUUCUGGGGGUGCUACUGCUGGUGGCGCUGGAGCUGGAGGUUCUAGAGCUGCUGCGGGUGCUGGCGCUGGAGGUUCUGGCGCUGUUGGAGGUGCUGGCGCUGGUGGCGAUGGAGCUGGAGGUUCUGGAGCUGCUGCGGGUGCUGGCGCUAGAGGUUCUAGAGCUGUUGGAGGUGCUGGCGCUGGUGGCGCUGGAGCUGGAGGUUCUGGAGCUGCUGCGGGUGCUGGCGCUGGAGGUUCUGGAGCUGUUGGAGGUGCUGGCGCUGGUGGUGCCGGAGCUGGAGGUUCUGGAGCUGUUGGAGGUGCUGGCGCUGGUGGCGCCGGAGCUGGAGGUUCUGGAGCUGCUGCGGGUGCUGGCGCUGGAGGUUCUGGAGCUGCAGGAGGUGCUGGAGCUACUGGUUCUUAG